UGGCAACACUGAAAUUUAGUUAACUAAAUUAAACUAAUUUUUCAGCGUGAACGCGCGCGUCUCACCGUCGGCCAAAGCUAACAACAAAAACAAAAAACAUAAAAAAACGCCGAGCAUCCAGUAGCCAACGACAAUUGCCUUUGUUUUGUCAACACACUUUGUUAGCCAACUUCCAGUUUCGUUUUUUUUUUAUAUUGAUUAAAUUCAGUGCGGAGUAGACACACACAAGAACACGCCAACACACACACACACACACGGGCAGUGGCACACGCGGAUAGAGAGGAAAACAACAACAAAUUGUGACUGGCGCGCAAAUACACACACACACAUACACAAAUAACAAUAACAAUUGAUAAAUUGCUUAGACGCUAAAUGAGUCAAUCGUGAAAUAAGUUAUAGAAGGUUUUUAAAUCGGGUUUACACACGGACAUUUCCAAAAACCGCUAUGUCUUGCUGCACUGGUGUGGAGAUGUCAUCCGAUAAGGGGAUUACCAUGCGCAAUGGCAGGACCAAGGCGAACCAGGAACGACCCUCGUCGCAGGAUCAGGUGGCUCCACUACUGCCACAGUUGCAACAGCAGGAGCAACAGGAUCUGAACCCACAGCAACAACAGCAGCAGGACACACCCCAAAAACAGGCCAUGUCGCCCGAUGAAAGGAAGGCCACGAAAAAGUCCCUGGUCAUCGUGGUGGGCAUCUUUGUGGCCAGUUUGGCCACCAUGUGCUAUGUGUACGCCAUAUUUCCCGAGCUCAACGCGUCGGAGAAACAACACUUAAAAAUUCCGCGUGAUAUCCAAGAUGCUAAGAUGCUGGCCAAGGUCCUUGAUCGCUACAAGGAUAUGUACUACUUUGAAGUGAUGUUCGGCGUGGUGGUCGCCUACGUAUUCCUGCAAACAUUCGCCAUUCCCGGAUCGCUGUUUCUAUCGAUUCUACUUGGAUUCCUGUACAAAUUCCCGAUCGCCCUGUUCCUCAUCUGUUUCUGCUCGGCGCUGGGAGCCACCCUAUGCUAUACACUUUCCAAUCUGGUCGGCCGCCGGCUCAUCCGUCACUUUUGGCCCAAGAAGACCAGCGAGUGGUCGAAGCAUGUGGAGGAGUAUCGGGACAGCCUGUUCAACUAUAUGCUGUUCCUGCGCAUGACCCCGAUCCUGCCCAAUUGGUUCAUCAACCUGGCGUCGCCGGUGAUCGGAGUCCCGCUGCACAUCUUCGCCCUGGGCACCUUUUGCGGCGUCGCCCCGCCCUCGGUGAUUGCCAUUCAGGCGGGCAAGACGCUCCAGAAGAUGACUAGCUCGAGCGAGGCCUUCUCCUGGACCUCGAUGGGCAUCCUGAUGAUCUGCGCCUGCGCAUCCUUGCUGCCCGGCCUCCUCAAGAACAAGUUCAAGCACAAGAAGGAGGCGUAAGCUGCUGCUGCUGCUGGUCCGCGAUAUAUAAUUAUAUAUGCUAUUCCCCAAACUGAAACCAAAACACAACCCGAAAAAUCAUUAAUUGUAAUUUAUACACUACGACAGAAACAAAACGGUAACACACACACAAACCGCGUUUUUUUUUUAUUUUAAAGAAGAUGAAAAAGCCCGCCAGAGAAAUACGAAAAAUUUCAGAAUGCCACUUAGGGUCUCGAUCCAAUAUUUUUAAGUCAACUACAACUACAAAAUAUCUGUGUUUAUAUCCUAUUAUUACGGAAUUAAUUCUUUUCUAAACGUAUUCGUACCGGAAAACAAAACAAACAACUUUUGCAUCAUAUAUUUCCAUCAAUUGUUUUUAAGUUAGUAAAUUUUUGUUUAGUGCUAUUGCAGUAUUUACUAGUAAAGUUCUCCUAUAAGUAAAUCAAAUUAGCAGAAAUCCAUUGAAUAUUACGCAACGUAUGUAAGUUAAAAGAUGAAAAAGUAUGUAUGUGUCUGCAAGUAAAUGUUCAACAAAGACAAAAAAA